CGCCCAUACAGGUGCGGACAUGUUUGUGCUGCCUUGAGCAGGAACAAAGCUGACCAGCCAGAGACGCCCUGUCCAGGGGCAGGCACUGCUGAAGAAGUUUGUGAGGGGCGGGGCUUACACCGAAGACACAGACGAAACAGGAGGUGCCUGGGAAACAGGUACGGAUUGAGCCUUCCCGGUACCCAUAACGUGAUGUCACCGGGUGAUGUCACCGACGGUGUGUGUAUGAGGCAGGAGCGGCCGGAGGAGACCGGAGUGGUCGGAAAAACAUUUGGGAAUAACAGUGCAAUCCCCCAGGAUGCCCAAAUGGAGGAAAAUAUAUCACGGAAGUCUGACUCAACUGGACUCUCCCCUGUGGAGCCCUGGACUUUACAGCCUGAACCCUGUGUUAGCUGCAAGCUGCGUAUGACAGGACCGGCCAUGGUGGUCUCCCAGUACAAGUUCCAUCCUGAAUGCUUCUCCUGCUCUGGAUGCCAUGCAGUCAUUGAGGAGGGAGAGUCGUUCAGCUUGGUGGAAAGCACAACUCUAUUUUGUGGCCCAUGUCACAAGCUACUUCUAUUACGACCACAGUUUGAGGGGCUCUGCAAUGAAUCUGCCAAAGAACAACAUCCUCACACCCUUACUCUUAUACGGCUUCCUCCUCAUGCAGGAGGCAGCAGGGGCUUCUCUGUGUCAGUGGAAGACAUGAAGGUCACACAGGUGAAACUUGAAGCUCGUAACCUUCUGCAUCCAGGAGAUCACAUUUUGGAAAUUAAUGGCUCUCCUGUCAAUACAAUGCCACCUAAGGAGGCUGAUAAUUUGCUUAGCUGCACAGACCGGACCCUGCAGAUUCUGGUAGAGCACAACCCCCCACAGACCUCCCCUGUGACUAGAGUACCCCCGAAAUCUCCCUCCUUGCACCCAGGAGAUGGAAAGAGCAUCUCUGAAAGUUAUGCCAAGCGUGGCUCCAUCCGGCGCAGUAACAGUAACACUCGCUCCUCUGGGCCCUGUUCUCCCAAAGAUAUCCGUUGUGUUUCUCGGUCAGAGUCUCUUCGCUGUGCUGUAGGUGGACCUCAGCAGAUCUUUCGACCAUGUGAACUUCUUCACGGUGAAGAACUGGGAAAAGGUUUCUUUGGUCGUGCCAUAAAGGUCACACACAGAGCAACUGGGAAAGUAAUGGUCAUGAAAGAGUUAAUACAGUUCGAUGAACAGACACAAAAAACUUUCCUCACAGAGGUAAAGGUCAUGCGGUCCCUGGAUCAUCCCAAUGUGUUGCGUUUUAUUGGUGUUCUCUAUAAGGAUCGGAGGCUGAACCUGCUAACUGAGUUCAUAGAAUGUGGAACCCUCAAAGAUUUCUUAAGAGGGGACACAUGUCCUUGGCAACAGAAGGUCUCAUUUGCUAAGGAUAUUGCAUGUGGCAUGGCAUAUCUUCACUCCAUGAGCAUCAUCCACAGGGACCUCAACUCUCACAACUGUCUUAUCAAACUGGAUGGCACUGUGGUUGUAGCUGAUUUUGGGCUUUCAAGGCUUAUUCUGGAAGAGAAACCAAAACCCCCACCAGAAAAGCCACCCACAAAAAAGAGAACACUGCGCAAGACUGACCGUCGGAAACGUUACACUGUGGUGGGCAAUCCAUAUUGGAUGGCACCAGAAAUGUUAAAUGGUAAACAGUAUGAUGAGAAGGUGGAUGUGUUUUCAUUUGGGAUUGUCCUGUGUGAGAUUAUUGGCCAAGUUUAUGCUGAUCCAGAUUGCCUACCACGCACCAUUGAUUAUGGCCUAAAUGUCCGCCUUUUUUGGGAGAAAUUUGUUUCAGAGGACUGUCCCUCAGGAUUUUUUCCCCUCGCAACAUCCUGUUGUCAACUUGAGUCUGACCUAAGGCCAGACUUUACAUCUCUACAUGAUACACUUACAGCAAUAUCUUUGUUUUUGGGAGAGCUGGCAAUCCCUUUACCCUCUGAGCUAGAGGUCAUGGAGCACAAUUUAAGGUUGCAAUAUGGUCUGAUGCGAGAACAACCAUCUCCAGUGGAUAGCAUAAGCCAGUAAUCUCAGAAGAUAUCUUCAUUCAAACAAUGGUUUUUUCCACCGUUUGAUGUGAAAAUGUUCCAUUCUCUCUGGUGGUAGAUUUAUUUUAUAUGUUGCUUAUUAAUUUAUUAGACUGAGGUUGAACCAUAGGGUCCAAAGCCAAUGUGCACAUUUCUGUGGUAUUCCCAUCUUUAACAUAAAUGCCUUAUUAUCACUGUAGAGUCUACCGUUGGGACCCUCUUCCGUACUUGUCAUACAAUAAUCAGUUCAUUCCAUAAUUCCAAUAGACUUCCAUGUAUAGAGCCAUCUGCAAGACUGACUACCUGUGCAUUCGGCUGUAUGAAGAGUAUGGUGGCAAUUAGUGGUCAGUAGAGAUGAGUGAACUUACAGUAAAUUCGAUUCGUCACGAACUUCUCGGCUCGGCAGUUGAUGACUU